AUGAGUCCCAACUCUCAACAUGGGGGGGUCACUGCUGUUUCUUCUCCAUUGCAAGCUGCUGAGAGCCGGAAAAGGCAAGUUGGUGGGAAGGCUCUUACCAGAGAACCAGUUCCUCGGAAAUCAAUUGAUACUUUUGGGCAAAGAGCUUCUCAAUAUCGUGGUGUAACUAGGCACAGAUGGACUGGAAGAUAUGAAGCCCAUUUGUGGGACAACAGUUGCAGAAAAGAAGGACAAAUAAGGAAAGGAAGGCAAGUUUAUCUUGGUGGGUAUGAUAAGGAAGAAAAAGCAGCUAGGGCUUAUGAUUUAGCGGCACUCAAGUAUUGGGGUCCAACCAUUCACAUAAAUUUCCCUUAG